UAUAUAAGCUUGACAUUAUCUUUACUGUAAUAAGCGUGAGCUAAUGAACUGAGCAACAGUACAAAACAACAUCCAAAAAGCUUAACCAGACCAUUAAUGGCGUGUACUGCCCGGCUCAAGAUAGCUUGACUUUUUAAUCCUCCUCUUUGAUUCCGUUCACGGUUUAACAAACGCAUCUAACAAAGCAAAAGCAAUUUGUUUUAAGGAAGCAAACAAAUAGAAAAUAUAAACUGCUUCUAAAACCCAUUGAACCCAUUCUUUCAAGAAAACUAAAACAAGAAACUAAAGAAUCAAGAAAGAAUAAGGAAUAUUAUGAGAAGGGCACAUAUUCUGGUUUUGAUAGUAUUUUUCUAUGGUAUUCUUGCAACGACAACGUCGUUUGGAGCCAAUGUGACGUACGAUCAUAGGUCUUUGCUUAUCGAUGGCAAGCGCCGCGUUUUGAUCUCUGGUUCCAUUCAUUAUCCUCGCAGCACUGCUGAGAUGUGGCCAGGCCUUAUACAGAAAUCUAAAGAUGGAGGUCUUGAUGUUAUAGAGACUUACGUUUUCUGGAAUGUACACGAACCAGUUAGAAAUCAGUAUAAUUUCGAAGGAAGAUAUGAUCUGGUGAAAUUUGUCAAGACAGUUGCAGCAGCUGGACUUUAUGUUCAUCUUCGCAUUGGUCCAUAUGUCUGCGCAGAAUGGAAUUAUGGUGGCUUUCCUCUUUGGUUGCAUUUUAUACCUGGAAUCAAGUUUCGGACUGAUAAUGAGCCGUUCAAGACUGAAAUGCAGCGAUUUACAGCUAAGAUUGUAGACCUGAUGAAGCAGGAGAAGCUCUAUGCUUCUCAAGGAGGACCUAUCAUUUUAUCACAGAUUGAAAAUGAGUAUGGGAACAUUGAUUCAGCAUUUGGCCCUGCUGCAAAAACCUAUAUCAAUUGGGCAGCAAACAUGGCUGUUUCUUUGGGCACUGGUGUGCCUUGGGUCAUGUGCAAUCAAGGAGAUGCUCCUGAUCCCAUUAUAAACACCUGCAAUGGAUUCUAUUGUGAUCAAUUCACCCCAAAUUCUAAGAACAAACCAAAAAUUUGGACUGAGAAUUGGAGUGGAUGGUUUGUAUCCUUUGGUGGUGCUGUUCCCUACAGACCUGUUGAAGACCUUGCAUUUGCCGUCGCACGAUUUUUCCAGCUAGGUGGAACUUUCCAAAACUAUUAUAUGUAUCAUGGUGGGACUAAUUUUGAUCGGAGUUCUGGUGGACCUUUUAUUGCUACAAGUUAUGAUUAUGAUGCACCUCUUGACGAAUAUGGACUUCUUAGACAACCUAAAUGGGGCCACCUGAAAGAUCUGCAUAAGGCCAUCAAGCUUUGUGAAGAAGCACUGAUAGCAACUGAUCCAUCAACUACUUCUCUAGGUUCAAACUUGGAGGCUACAGUCUAUAAAACAGGAUCAGGAUUAUGUGCCGCUUUUCUUGCAAAUGUUGCCACCACUGACAAAACUGUAACUUUCAAUGGCAAUUCAUAUAAUUUGCCUGCAUGGUCUGUGAGCAUCUUACCAGACUGCAAGAAUGUAGUUUUCAAUACUGCCAAGAUUAACUCUAUGACUGUGAUUUCAAGCUUCACCCGCCAAUCCCUUGUGGGCGAUGUUCAGUCCUCAAAGGCACUUGGCUCUGACUGGAGUUGGAUAAAUGAACCAGUAGGUAUAUCAAAGAAAGAUGCAUUUGUCAAGUCUGUAUUAUUGGAGCAGAUAAAUACUACUGCUGAUAAAAGUGACUACUUAUGGUACUCGUUAAGCACCAAUAUCAAAGGCAAUGAGCCCUUCCUUGAUGAUGGAUCUCAAACUGUUCUUCAUGUGGAAUCUCUUGGCCAUGCCCUUCAUGCUUUUGUUAAUGGGAAGCUCGCAGGUAGUGCAACAGGCAAGUAUAGCAAUCCUAAGGUUGCAGUAGACAUUCCCAUCACUGUUGUACCUGGGAAGAACACUAUUGAUCUUCUAAGUUUGACUGUUGGACUUCAGAAUUAUGGAGCUUUUUAUGAAUUGACUGGUGCUGGAAUAACUGGUCCAGUAAAGCUGAAGGGGCAAAAUGGCAAUACUGUUGAUCUCUCCUCAGAGCAGUGGACAUAUCAGAUUGGGCUUCAAGGUGAAGAAUUAGGCCUUCCAAGUGGAAGUUCUUCACAAUGGAUUUCACAGCCUAAUUUGCCUACUAAUCAGCCUUUGAUAUGGUACAAGACCAGUUUUGCUGCGGCAGCUGGUGAUGACCCCAUUGCAAUUGACUUCACAGGAAUGGGUAAAGGUGAGGCAUGGGUGAAUGGACAAAGCAUUGGACGUUAUUGGCCAACAUAUGUGUCUCCAAACAGUGGUUGCACUGACUCUUGCAGCUACAGAGGAUCUUACAAUUCAAACAAAUGCCUCAAAAACUGUGCAAAACCUUCUCAAACGUUGUAUCAUGUACCUCGUUCAUGGGUAAAACCAAAUGGCAACAUUCUAGUAUUGUUUGAGGAAGUAGGUGGGGAUCCAACACAAAUAGCAUUUGCUACAAGACAGGCUGAAAGUUUAUGCUCGCACGUGUCAGAAUCACAUCCACAACCUGUAGAUAUGUGGAAUACAGAUUCAGAAGCAACAAAAAAAUCAGGACCUAAACUAUUACUGGAGUGUCAAAAUCCUAAUCAGGUCAUUUCUUCAAUCAAAUUUGCAAGCUUUGGAACUCCACACGGAACCUGUGGAAGUUUUAAACAUGGUCAAUGCAGUAGCAGCAAUGCUCUCUCCAUUGUACAUAAGGCUUGUGUUGGAUCGAAGACUUGUAAUGUUGGAGUUUCGACCAGUACAUUUGGUGAUCCUUGCAGAGGAGUGAGAAAGAGUUUAGCAGUAGAAGUUCUUUGUACAUGAAAUAUUGACAUAUUGCUUAAAACAUUCACUUCGCUUGGGACUUAAACAAAGCAUUGUCCCCAAGUAAGUGUCAACUUAAAUAAGCACUGACUGAUUGUCAAAGCAAAA